AGAAAUGUCCGUGGGGGGAAAUGUCCAUUUACCCUUAAUUCGUGUUCAUGCCUAAUUAGGUGCCACAAAAUAAUACCAUAUAAUACAAAUUUGUCUGGUAUCUACCCGUUUUGUGGUUUCUGUGAUGUACGAAAAACAAAAUGGCUUCUUUACCACUGAUACCAUUAUCUCUGUCGACGACAGGACGUUGAUAAGGGAUAACGACUUCGUUAUCGACAGACAGCACCGUAAUAUUAUAUUUCAAAAAUCAAAAUUCAAAAAUUCUGUUUUCCAAUUUUUUCGUUGUAUUCCGUUUAGUGCUCAAUAAACAUGUUGAAAAUAACGACCGCUGUUGGAAGAGGAACACAAGUCGUCUCUGCACUGUGGCACGGACGAAGUCCCUGUAAUAUCACACUCCAAUGUCUUGGUAGGCUAGAUGCAAAGUCGCAGAUGGACCCAAGACGCCCGUCGUCGACAUUUCUCAAUAAUAUCGGCAGUGACUGGUGUUGUACGCACCAUUUGGUCCGAUAUUAUGCAAAAAACAAAGACAAGAAAAGCAAUAAAGGUCAGAAAAAAGUAUCCAUUGAUGAGAACUUUUUGGCUGAGCACUUUAAAUACUACACCAUGAAAACCGAAAUGGAAAAGGCUGUGGCUGCAUUAAAAAAUAACUAUAUUAAAAAUCUAUCCUUAAGAUCUUCUACAGGAGCAUUGGAUUCACUACCUGUUACAUUUGAAGGUGAUGAAUAUGUUAUACAAGACUUAGCACAGAUUGUGAGGAAAAAUCCUAAAACAAUAAUUUUGAACAUGACAUCUUUUCCACAAGCAAUUCCAGCUGUUUUGGAAUCAUUAAAAGCUUCUGGUAUGAAUUUAAAUCCCCAACAAGAUAAAACUUCUAUAUUUAUACCAAUACCUAAAGUUACAAAAGAACAUAGGGAAAACUUAAGCAAAGGUGCAAAAGCACUUUUUAUCAAAACUAAAGAUUCUAUUAAAGAAUUACAAAACAAAAAUAUCAAAGUAUUAAAAGACAAUGAUGCAUUAGCGACAGAUUUGGUUCACACUUUACAAGAUCAGAUUACUGCAUUGGCUGAUAAAUAUGUACUGGAGGCACAACGAAUAAUGGAAGAAAAACAAAGUGAACUUAAAGGUGAUUCAUAGUGUUUGUAAAUUUACUCAAUAUGUUAAUUUAUCACAGUAGUUUCAUCUACCAAGGGUACAACCCAAAAUGAUUAAUCUCUUUU